CGAAGCAGAAAUUAAGACGCUUUGAAAACGAAUAAGCAGAGAUGAAGCAUAAAUGCUCUAAAUAUUGAUUAAAACACACCAUAUUUGUCAGUAAUUUAUGUUAAACUCGAGUGUGGAGAAGUGGAGUUUUUUUCAUUUGGGUGGGUCUAAAUUAGUCUCUCUGGAUGAGCAUGUCUCUUGCACAGCGAGUGCUCCUCACCUGGAUCUUCAGCCUCAUCUUCCUUAUCAUGCUGGUCCUCAAGUUGGAUGACAAAAUCCACUGGAACUGGUUCCUCGUCUUUCUUCCCGUCUGGACCUUUGACACCAUUCUCCUGCUCAUGCUCAUUGUGAAAAUGGCCGGGCGCUGUAAGCCGGGCUUUGACCCACGCAAUGCAGCUGACAACCUGAAGAAACGAGUUUGGUACCUGGUGGCCAUUUUGUUAAAGUUGGCCUUUAGUCUGUUGCUGUGUGCAAGGCUAGAGCGUCUGACUGAGAUCUGGCUGAGUUUAAUUUGUAUCCCGCUGUGGGCUCUUCUUGUCGGAGCCAUGGUAGAGCUUGGCUACAAUGUAUUUCACUUCUGAAAAGACUUAGCAGGAAGUUGUAAAUAUAACUUGUGUACUAUAUAACAGAUUUAUUUAUAAGUGUCCACCUGGAUUAAAAUAACAGCUGUUCCUAAAGACUGUAAAGCUUAAUUAAUGGACACAUUAGUGACUGAUGAUGAUGGUAAAUGUUGCAAGUAGCAGGUACUACAUGCCUACAUUUUAUUUUUUUCUGUGUUUUGGAAAACAAUUUCCCCAUUUACUACCAAAUGCAGGCAAUCAUCCAGGACGUAUUUGAUAUUUUAAGCAGUUUUGACAUUCAUUUACAAGAUGAUGAGGUAACAGGUAAACAAACUUUAUAGCUACCAGUUUAGCAUUCUGCAAAAUGGGAUUAAAAUCAUACUGCCUCAAAUGUUAAUAAUUUCCCUCAGUGAUGCCUUUUUAUAUACAAAAAAAAAAAAUCUAAACUAACUGUAAUUGUAUCAUCAUAUGAAUGAUUACUAACUGCAAUUCUGUAUUCCUGGAUGCUAAACUGGAUGCAAUAAACCUGGAUUGGCAAUGUAAGUCUGCCACUGGAGCUGCAUGGUGAAACAAACAGGCUUUGAAUAUCAAACAUGUCUUGGAUUAACAAUUGUAUUUGGGAUAAACAAAACAAUUGUGUAUGGUUAUUGUUAUGUGUUUGGAGAUUCCUCCAUGUGGAAAUCCUGUUGAGUUUUAAGUAUUGUAAAUUCACACCUGUUUAAUUUAAAUAAUUGUGCAAUCAUCACAUACAAACUGUAAAAUAGUUCACAGUUGAUGAUUCUAAUGAACAGUACAAAACUCCUUGUCUCUAAAUCGAACCAUCACUUCAGUUUUAAUAAACUCUAAUCAAUGUUUUGUUUACUAAAGACUGUUGUGUAAUAAUUUUUAUUUAUAUAUAGGUAUGUUUGUUUGUACAACAGCAACUAAACAGGUUAGUUCCUGUUAGAGCUUGUGUUAUAGAGCAGUUAUAAAUAUUAAUUCCCUCAGCUUCUCAUGUAUUUCCUUGAAGUUAAAAAAGCCAAUAAAUGCUGCUCAUGUUUCUAA